GCCGUCGCAGCCAUGACAACGGUGACAACUUGUUCCUGGAACUGAAGUGCAGAAGCGGCGCAACAGGUCAGCAGCCAGGUCGGCAGCCAGGUCAGCCUGGUGUCGUUUUGUGCUUUCGGCCAACAAGCUUGAAACUCACAGUUCUUCUGCUCGUCAUGAGACAAGCCUAACUUACUCGGCGUUCGGCUUCCGGUCCGCCAUGACGGUGCGCUUCAAGUGUCAGAGCGAAUACCAGAGGAGUUUCAGGGUCCAUCGCUCCAGAAGUGCUUCUCCUCACCGUUGCACACCACUUGCUGGUCUGCGGUCUGACCAGAUGGGAAUGAGCAGAGAACCAAGACUGCAAAGACGGAGAAGGUUGGUUCCCCGUGGUCCUCCUCGGUCUGUCAGCUUUCUGCACUGUCAAACAGGCCCACAGAGUUCGCUGGCUGAGCGCAUGACACCUCAAACAGCGCCCCCUGCUGCUGCCUCUAAGAGCCACACAAUGCCUAUAAAAGGGUCUGAAUGUACAUCCAAAUCGGACGUAGACGCCGCUGCCAAACCAGAUUUGGCGAUAAAAGCUGUAGCAGAUGUUAAAGCACAAUCUGUACCAGAGGUGCAACUCGAACCUGACAUGGGAUCACAGCCGGCUACAGACAUUGAAAUAGAGAAAACAAGCCUUGGAAUAGCAUUGGAUCAAGAAAAAUCCCGGAGUCCAGCUAAACAUGACACACUGCAGCCAUCUGUGAAUGCUUUCCAUCAGGAUGCAUGGCGGACGGGUGAAGGCAGGCCGGCAGGGCGAAAGUCGGGACAGAAGACGAAGUAUAACACACAGUUCAGUUGGAUGAGACCUACAACAGCUGCUUCACCUUUACUCACUGCUGAGCAGGUUCUGUUCUCCACCAGCCACGCUGUCGUGCCACACAAACUGGACACUGAGUACCGGCGCAGCUUCCAGGUUGCAGUCCCACCCACCGUCCCUCACGCCCGAAAACAUCCGGAGCAUGAACGUAUACCCCUGUUCCACAUUCAAGCGAGCCACAAGAAAAGAAAAGAGGAGUUGGUGAAGAGGCUGCAGCCAAAAGAGGUCCAGCCCUCUGCUCAUCAAGAAAAUGCCUCGCCUGUAGCUCCUCCUCAGAGAAAACACAGGAUCCCUGGACUAGGAGAGGCCUCACACAAGGACACUCCUCAGAUGAGGUCUCAGGUGACUGAGCUGAGACAAAAGGCCAUGUCGUACCGCCGGCGGGCCUGGGGCACUAACUUCUCGCGGGACCACUUGAGCCAGCUGUUGUCAGAGCACAAUGCUCUGUGGGAGCCCGCUGACACUGGCACUCCAGUCACCCAACCGUCCACUCCAGGCCUGCCAUCCAACUCCUCUGUUCACAGCCGCAACUCCUACAGUGUAGAGGCACUGGACCUGGCCAGCCUCUGCACUGCCUCCAGUCCUCGGCCCUCUGUGGUGGGGUCUGCUGAAGAGGGUCCGAAGAACGUACCAGCACAUGAACCCCAGACGCCGCCAUCUGAAAUAGUCCAAGCUUGGGGAGGAGAAGACGAAGAGGAGAAUACAGAUGAGGAAGAAGGAAGGUUGCCAACUCCGAAGCUGAAGAUGCGACCUGUCCAGAGAACCCACCAUGACAUCACCACGCCUGCUACUGGAGGCGCUAUUCUCGUUGGAACGCAGAAAGAUCCUGAUGAUGGUUUUCCACGAGAAGCUGCAGCACUGAAGGAGGCUUGGCUGGAAAGAGACUCCUGCAGUCCUUCACAAAGCCUCCGGAAACCUGCCAAACCUCCCCGAAACAAAUCCCCUUCUCCUGUAGCCCAGCCCACUCUGACCUCUCCACCACAGCACGGCAUUCGAGGAGGACUGAGACACGCAGACUUCCAGCACAACGGUGACUUGGGUCUGCGGUUCAGAGAACAGCACUGCUCUGGAGGAGGAUGUGCGUUUGAAGAAGACGACCACGUGUCUGUGAUGUCGUGGCGCUCCGCUGCUUCCUGCUCGAUAGCGUCUGCAGUCCUGGAGCGCGCUCAGAAACGCAGGCACAACUUCUGGGGGAAGAGCUGAGUUUUCUUGAGGACAAUCGUCAUAAAGACCGGCAUGUUGUUUAUGGAGUAGUUGCUUAGUUUAAUAAGCAGUGUCUUAGUGUUUUAGAAGAAAUGGAGUGACUGUUCAGCGACAUGACACCUCAGCAGUUUAUUGGCGAUGACUUGAACGAUCUGUGACAAAGCCCCAGUCACAGAGAGAAGGAGGUCAUGUGUGAGCUGAAAACAAGAAUAAAGGAUGUGAUGGAGGUCAGCAGCGCUGAGCUGAGUCAUGUCAGAUACUUCCUGCAUGCGCAGUGUAUUUACCACCUGAAGAAACAACACGUGUCACCGGAGACUCCACUUCAGCUCACGGACACGUGCUUCCUCUCACAAAACAUCACCUUCAGCAUCCAUCCAUCCAUCCAGCAUUCGAUUCACCAGCUCCUGAAUGCGUCUGGCCACUGAUCCACCCUCCCAGCCAUCAAAUCCCUAAGUGGCCUCUGGUUGUCCAUCUAUGGCUUCUUCAAUUGAACUUUUAUUUUUCAUCUUGGCUUCCUUGUGUCCUAACACACCCAUCUGUCAUUGCCAUGAUCUUCUUAAAGAGGUGUGGAGAGAUUGACGUGGCAUUGGCUGUGGAGACAGUGUGGCAACAGUGAUGCCUUCUUGGGCCGGACCAUGCAGAGACUGUAGCGCCUUGAAGUCGAAGUUAGUUGCAGCAUCAAAACAGAAUUAUGUGUUCAAGAUGCUUUUUUCAAAAUGCCUGUUUUACACCCAUAUGUGUAAUGUUCUCAGCUGACAACUGACCCAACUAAAGAAGAUGCCUGGUGUUACCACACUACUCUGCUGCUUAUGCUACUGUGAGCAACACCUUUGAAACAGAUCCUGUGGAGUCAUGUUUCUGCUGUUGUUCCAUACAGUGGCUCUUCCCUGCACCAAUCUGAGAUGUCUUUUAAUCAUCAGAAUGUUCUGUUUGCAUGAUACAAGUGAAGGUCAAGCCACAAUCACUCGGAGCUCCUCUUGAACUCCCUCCUCUACCACUGUAGCUCCAGGUUUAACAGUCUUUAAAACAACCGUCUCAGCCCUCAUAUGUGACCACAGAUAUCCUGCCAUGCUUUGGUUGUCAUGAGGAGAAUGCACUGGUGCACACAGCAGGAUUCGUUGCUCAGGUGCUGAUAUCUGCUGUGCCAGCCUGGUCACAGAAGCCGUACCACUCUCAUCUGGUGCCACCUUCUUGCGCCGAUGAACAAUGGCAGGCUGACGGAUCCAUCGGAUGGCACAGUGAAGGUGGUCACCGCAGCAGAGCGAGGGAUUAGCCAGGACCCAUCAGGACGAGCUCUGGAUGUUGAUGUGAAGAGUUAGAAGAAGCUGAGCAGAACAGAUGGUUCUCUGGGGCUUUAGCUCCCUCAGGACGGAUGAUGAUCGGAGUAUCGAUAGGCAUAUUAAAAUACAUCUAUAAUAUAGCUAUGAUAAUAAUCUGAGUGAUGAAUAAUAAUGCCAUUACUAGUGAAAUAGGAAUGAUGAUGUUUAAAUAAAGUUAAGAAUAUUGAUUGUCAUUGCAUUAAAACAAUUUAGCAAUAACGGAUGUAAUGCUAAAAUAAUUACAAUUAUGAGGUUCAUGUAAGUUCUAAAUUGUAAUGCCAAUGCGUACAAUUACAAUAUUAAUAAUCAAAUGGCAACGUAUACCUCCCAAUCAAUUGUCAAAAUAAAGGCAUGGGUUCCUUUCUUGUAAAUAUGUUGUUUAUUGUGAUCCCUGCCUGGUGUUUGUUCUCUGUUUCUCACAACUUCAAUAUAUGUUGAUAUUAGAGCUUCCUACUUUAGUAGCACCCAAAGUCCGGUAAUAGCAGCCAUCUUUUUCACGUGUGUCGAUUGUCCACUGACAACAUUAUGUAUUUGGGGAGUAGAACCCGCAUUUGAAAAUCUUCUUGUAUCUUGUAAGAUACAAGAUCCAAAGGGAGACAGUGCUCAAUGCAGCAACUAUCAAUACAUGCUUUAUCCUGCUUCAUCAUCUUACCAGCCAAAUAUACAGUAUAUUACACUGAAGUGAGGGAUGUGUGAAAUUAUGAAUCAUUUCAAUUUUUAUAUAAAAAAGAACCGUCAUUCAUCCUGGUCGUCAUACAACCCAUGCGGCUGCUCCGUUUCUCUUUCCAAGGGACGUUUGAGUACAGCAACACAGCAGCAACAGUUCUCUUUUGGGAAGUUGGCAUGUUGAGAAGUAAUAACAAAUCCUUUUCCUCCUUUGAUCUUACCUCACUGUUGAUCACGAGACGUCAGAGCAAACAUGAAAAUCUCUUCCUCUGUUGAACUCACCACUGCUGCAUUGUAGACACACGUGGAAGGGUGGAGUCACAACUGGAAGUUUGACAAAAAUUCAGGCAACGCAGCCUAUAUCUCAUCUGUCAGUGUGACAUCAUGCCGUCAUGCAGGUAGAGACAGGAAAAAGUGUGAAUGUCAUGCAAAUUUAAAUGAAAGAAGCCAUGACAGUUGACAUGAGGGGAAAAAAACAAAGGGGUGAAAGAUGCAUCAUAGUGAAGCGGACUUUUGCCUCCCGGCGUGACAGUACAAGAUGUUCGGCAUCAACGUUGAACACAAAAGUGGACUUGAUGAUAUUCAAUACGUGACACCUGCGGGAGUGUGAAUGUGUUGGAUUCAUACAACACAUUAUUGAUAUACAUCGACCCAUGUUGUUUAAGUGCUCAUCUGUAACAGUUUAGGGUUUAGGAGACCAAGUAUGCAAAGAAUUUAGUCUUAAUAAUUCAGAUUUUCCUUCCCCUUAAUUCACCUUGUGGCUAAAAUUUUUGCCUCAAGGUUUAUUCAUUUAUGACAGCAUUCACCAAACGCACAAAUAUCAUUUAAAAAAAGACGCGUCAUUUAGCUCUAUACUAACACAAAUGUAGUUUUAACCUAUGAAAUGGAAAGCAAGGAUCCUCCUGGAUUUAUAAUUAUACUUUGUUUUCAUGAUUUUUUUUUUUCAUGAUUCUGUCCACUCUGGAAUCUCACGGUGAUUUUAAGGUUUUUGAAUGAAAAUCGAUUCUGCUUCUACGGUUGGACAAGUUGACGGCACACGAAGACUCGUCCAGAGCAUGUUCAAACUGCUGCAUGUGUUUAAGUUGAGCGAGCAAAUAGUGAAUUUUCAUUUUCCGUUUCCUCUCGAACAGUUCCAAAUCAGACAGAAUACCUCCACGAACUGUCAGCACAAGUCGCCGCAUGGUUACUACCCCCACACCUUCCUGACUAAUUUCUCUUUCUGUGCCACUUGAGUGACGUCAGGCUGAAGGUAAUGGGUUUGUGGAACUGACAGAAAAGUCGUUUUCUGGAGCAGUUUUAUAAUGCCAUGACUCACAGUGUGCUGUAGUUACUGACAAUGACCCCUUGACUUGAUGUUACAAAUAUUUUUUGAAUUCCUUAAAAAAAAAAACAAAAAAAAAAACUCCUUUGGCGACAAAUGAAAGUGUCACUUCAGCGACACUUUCUGAAUUAUCUCAUUCAUAUCCAGUUACCGAAUCAGCCUUGACACAUUGUC